CGACGCAAUUGCCGGCAAGAUGGUGGCGCCCAUGGUCUGAAAACGCUAGAAGAAUCUGGCAAGUUGGAGAAGCCCCGGUGCAGGUGAUAGCGGGGCGGGCGCCCGUACGGCCGGAACGGAGACCGUGCGAGGGAGUCGGGGCGAGUGGAUGUGGGUGUCGCUGGCAAGGCUACCAUUUGUUGCCCAUCCCUAAGUGCCCCUUGAGAAGGUGAGCCGCCGCCUUGAACAUGCAGUCCAUAUGGUAUUGAGGUUUCUUUAAAAUGGCGGAAGGUGGAUCUGAGAGAAACAGGCACCAUCCCAACAAUCUGCAGGGUCUGCUAAGACUUGCAGUGGAGGCAGGGUCAGUGGGGGACACAGCCCCUGAAGUGCAUCCCAUGCCAGAAGAACGGAGACAGUGGCUGCAGGAUGCACUGUCGGAUGUGUUUAAUGGACAACUGGAUGAACUGAAACAGAUCAAGGAUUGCCUCCAAAUCCUGAAUGAAACAUCCGAGGAUGACCUGAGUGAGGAUGGAAGGAGGUACAAUGCGCUCGAUACUGUGGCAGAUUUGUGCGAAAACCUCGAUAAUGCAGGAGAUUUCUGUAAGCUGGCUGGCAUGCAGAUGGUGGUGGAGAAUUACCUGGAAUGCCCGGACCCUGAGCUGCGAUGGCGAACGGCACACCUCAUUGGCACGUGUAGCCAGAAUAACCCCUUCGUCCAGGAGCAUGUGCUGAACCUGGGCAUAAUGCCCAAACUCCUGGACCUUCUGAACAGCGACAGCAACGACAUGGUUCGAAUCAAGGCUCUCUUUGCUGUAUCAUGUUUGGUGCGUGAGCAGGAGGCUGGCUUACUCGAGUUUGUCGACCAUGAUGGUUUCUCUGUGCUGAUGAGAGCCAUGCAGAGCGGCAUUGAGAAGCUGAAGGUGAAAGCUGCGUUCCUGCUGCAGAACCUGCUCAUCAGCAACCCUGAACACAAAGUUCCACAUCGGCCGCUUGUCCCCAAUGUUCUCUGCUCAAUGGGGAUGGUACAGCAGUUAGUGUCGCUCAUUCAGACAGAACAUGAUCCCUUUCAUGAGCAUGUUCUGGGUGCACUUUGCAGCCUGGUGACUGAUUUCCCUCGUGGAGUGAAACAGUGUCAAGAACACGAGCUGGGUCUGGAGGAUAUUCUGAUUGAGAGAUCACGGAUGCUGAAAAAUCAGGAAGAAUUUCAGGAAGAGUUGGAGUUCUGUGAGCAGCUUCUCCGAAUCUGCUUCAGCCAGCCAGAGGAGAAUGGGAUGGAUCGGUGAUUAUCUGCAAUGCUGCCCCUCUGGUGCUUCAUCGUCGGAGAGAAGUUCUUUCAAAUGGCUUCCUACCACUGGGAUCUGUAACGGCUCGGAAGCUUGGUGUGUUUCGAAUCAGCCUAUAUAUUGCACCUAUAAAAAAAAUAGACUGUUAUAACAUUUAUUUUUAAUCUUUUGAUGUCGGUUCCAGGUAGUGCCAUAUCUGAUGCUAAACAUUUGAACGCACAUCCAAACAGCAUUUCCUGGUUACCCUUCGAAAUGAAUCUCUGCCCAGUGUACAGUUUUUUUUUCCCCAUUCAUUUCCUUCAAUUGUCAGUGUAGGAUAACCACAGACAGCAAGUUGUUACAAGCACAUUUUACAGUUUCAGUCACUUGCUGUCUAAAAUGUGUUUCAGUGCACUUGUUUUACUUGUAUUAAGUCGUUGAGGGACUGUGCAAGGUAGAGAUUUGUAGUCAGCUAUAUUGUGUAGAAUUCCUGACCCAAUAGAACAGCAAUGAGCCAAUAUGUUGUUGCGAUUUGCCUGCAUCAACCACCGCUUUGUUUUUAUUCCCCCCAUACCAAUUUUUUCCACCUACCCCUCCCCCACACCCACUUGUCUACUCCCCUUCCCCGGAGCAGACAGUUUGUUCGAGUGACUGUCGGUGCUCUCAGGGCAGUGAUCCUGUGACUUCUGAUGCAACAUAGGAACCCAGACAAGUGACUUCAAAGCAGUGAAGCUGCCGAAUGGCUAUCCCAGUGUCUGAUAUCUGGACACCUUUCACUGCACACCGGUCUGUAAUUUGAAAGCAAUUAUUUGAGAGCAAAAUGUGAAAAAUGAAUUUUAAUUUAAGGGCAGGGGUACUGUUAUACCCUGUUAUCUUGCACAAACAUUUUAGUCUUUGAGAUGGUAUGGGAACUGAAAACAUUAAUUGAGAAACGUGUAUGCAAUGACAGGAUGUAGAGAGUUGGUGACCACAAGGGCUGCUGACCUGCUCCAUCUCUAAUGACCUUCUGCUCCUUUAUCCACAACUCUAAGGGUCAAAUGCAGUUCUAUUAGGAAGGGGCUGUAUGUGUCUUUCUGGCUGCAAGGUGGUGCCAGUGCUGACCCUGGAUGCACAUUGCCAAGUGUGGUACUGACCACUCUGCACAGUACUCUAAAAUUCUGAAGCAAUGUUACAUGUUAAAAACUGAAUGACAGGAUAUGAUUGUAAUAACCUGGUGUUAGGCCUUUUUGGGUUUUUUUUUUGCUGCAAAAUGUUAAGAUUCCGUUUCAGUGAGGGAAAAAAAUUAAAGUGGCACUUGAACAUG